AAGGCAGGACCUCUCCGUUCCCUUUUUUGUCACUACUACUAGUUUUCUUUUCGAUUGUUUGAAGUUGAUUUGUCCCUUGUUUUCGUUUCACUCUCAGUCUCCAGGCACAAUACGAAUACGAAAAUUCUCUAGUACUUUCGAACGCCGGCCUUUUUUUUUUGAAACAAAGGGGGUGCAGCUUUUCGCAAGAUCAGAUGGCGGCCUCCGAGCCGGUGAAAGGCAGCAAUCCGGCAGAGGAGGUGAAGCAGCUGCGGAAGCGCUUUUCGAAGCAGAACCGAGGCCCGGUCCAGCGCGAUGACGGCGUGCGCAUUAUCAGUGUGCCGGAGUCCGUCAUGCUCGGGUUCACCCCGCGUACCCAAUGGCCCUGGGGUUUCGAUGGUUGCUCGGACGGAAACGCGAAGUUCGUAUUGCCUCCGGGGUACGAGUAUGAUCAGAGGCUGGAAGAGACUGUUGACGAACUGAACUCGGUGGCGAAAGUCCAGAUGGCCGCCGUCAACGUCGCAUCAUUUCUCGGUACACUCUACUUGUCAGUUCUUUUUUUUCAUCACGGAUUUUUGUGUCCUCCAAGGGAGCAUGAAUCAAAUGUCAGUAUGUACGUUCGUCAAGAAUUAUUUCGCUGUGUUUUCCUGUUCCUCGUUGUCGUUCUUUGUUUCCUCCAGGCUACAGAGUGUAUCUCGUCGAUCCAAAUUUUUUUCAGGUUUUGCCAUACUGUGCGGUCUGAUUUUUGUGAUGAACAUGGUCUUGGGCGAUAUGGUUCCGGUGAUGGUCCUCGCGAUUUUGGGGACGAUGCUGGUGGUCGUUCCCUUGAUUCUCACCGUGCGGUACCGCCUGAAAGUAAUCGCGGUGCAGGACUACGUGAAGCGCCUGAAAAAACGCAUUCCGGCCGACAAGGGCAUCAUUCACAGUGAGAAUUUGGAGUACGGCCGGGCCGAAGUGUGGAACAUGAGUUUCGUCGGACACCGAACGGGAUUGACGCAGCGUACCGCGAUCGCGGCCGAGCUCUGGAUCCAGGACCAGGCUUCUCGCGUCAUUGAAAAGGCCCAGAACGAGCGAACAGCGUACUGAAUAUAAAAACCUGUAGAACAAGCUUUUGUUUGAGUAGAGAAGUAGCAGCUGGUCGUGUUUUCCACAUGUGCCAAUGCCAUGCUGCCAUAGUGUGUUUUUUUCUUAGUGCACAGGCGUGUAGAUUGAUUUUCGUGGCGUGCAAGUGCAACAUUCAACAUGUGAUGGAGAAACGUUUUUUACUUUGCUUGUUCCUUCAAUGUUUCAAUCAUGAUCGACCAGUUCUUGUGGAUUUUUCUAUAAAACAGGCAACAAGGCAAGCUGUACAAGGUGGACAAUAAUAGCUCGCGGCGCGACGCCGUUGCGGAACAGCUGAAGGUGGCUCGUGCGACCCAGUUUUUGCGGGCAAUCAACCUGGGUCGGCUUUCGGGGCAGUUUCGGCGCGCGCGGCUAACGUUCGAGAAAAUCCGCCGCCUCACGGACGCCGACUGGCGCGACAUGGGCAUUGACCGAACGGAGGUGAAGUUGAUCAAGUCUCAGCUGGACGAGUACAUACAAGACGAGCGCGCCAUCCUAGCACGGGAGCAAAACGACUAUAUGAAGGAGCGCCAGGGGCAAAACAAGCAAAGACGCAAGGGGCCCAAAAUGAUCUGA